AUGGAGAUGGAUCUUCAAAAGGCCAACGAGACGAGAAGGGAUACGCCUAGCAAGCAGGAAGAGAGUUCAGAAUGUCCUCUCGAGCCAUAUGGAGGCGGCCACUCGAAAGACUCCCCUAAGAACGACUCCCUUGAUCACCAUCGUGAAUCACACAAUGAUGAAGACCCCGCGACCAUGAAUCAACGAUGCCAACCCACCCAGUUCCCCUUUAAUAAUAAUAAUUCCCGCCGGAAACCCGCGUCAACUACUACACAGUCAACUUCCAGAAUACCCCUGCCAUCGCCAGAAGCUAUAGAUAUCCCUGGCGCCCUGGGCCUAGCUGCCAGGGAACACCGAUUGUUACUCGUCGCAAAGCGACACCCCCCGGUAACAAAGAAAACCCUCAGCGAACUUGACCUACCUUGCAUCAUGAGCAACAUAAACCUUCGCAUGGACGCCAACUUCGAUCGUGAUCUACAUUUCAAACCCGAUCUCGAUGGCGAAAAGGGUAAGCGCAAGCGAAGAGAAGCCACGGACUACUGGGAGGCCAUGGCAGCGGAGAUUUCAGUCUACGCAUUUUGCGCAUCUACUGAGAUGGGAAGCGCCGGUGACGGUGGGCAUCAGAAUGGUCAACGGCAGGCCUUUGAGCCCAGGCUCCCUGCGAUGUUCGAGACGUUACAAGAUGUUCUCAAGACACUUGUCCCCGAGCGUGAUCAUCCGAGCGUCAUGCAAAACCUCGAGGUAUCUUUAUUGAUGCAACAGAUUCGGAAAGGAGUUCUUGAUAUGGUCGGAUUGGCGAAUUGGCUAGCGGCGCUGCUUAAGACCCAUUGCGCCCCAAUGCGGGACGAGUGGGCGGAUCGCAUGGUGGAGCAGAUCAGCACUGGGUCGCAAUCGCAAAAUUCCUUGGAGAUCGUCAGCGGCCUUCAAACGCUCUUUGCCAUCUUGGAGGCUAUGAAACUGGAUGUUGCGAACCACCAAAUCCGCGCCUUCCGGGUUCUCCUCAUCGAGGACACCGUACCUUUUCUUCAGGAAUAUUUCCAGAAUAAAAUCGAAAGAGAAAACUUUCGCGUGGAAUCUUCGCGGGUCUGGUAUCAAGAACUUCGGGAACACGAGCUGCACAACAUGGAUAGAACCAAGCCAGUGGACGGGUUCUGGCCUGUAUCGGUGAUGUUAAACGGCUUGUCCGACUUGUUACUUCAGUUCCAUGACCCAGAAGGGUUUCCAGAAACCUUCAUCUUCGACUCGGAUCGACUUUGGCAGCUCCGGUCCAGUCUGCAGAACCUAAUCAACUUGGACAUCAGUUGGUAUAUCUUUGAAUCAUACAUCCACACUCAAAAACGAUAUCUCUCCGCGCCCGUCGAAACGUAUGCGACAUUCCGCUCCCGGAUCGGAUCACUGAUGGAGGAGAACGAGGACUGCCCCCGAGGAUCACCGCGAUGGCUGCAGAAUGUACGGUGUGUCGCGCUGGAGAUUGCUCGUUUCGCAUGCGCCGCCUGUCGCAACGAUACCGUGGUGUCGGAUGAUGUGAUAGUGCCUAUUGAACGAGCACUGGAAUGGCAUCUAUCGAAUGACUCGGAAUUGUUCCAGUACUUCCAGAACUCCAUGCAGGAGAAACUGAUAGCGGCCACCUUUGCCUCUGCGAAAAAGUAUCUCAACAUGUCUCCGCUCGCCAUCUGCGAAUCCCAACGAAGCUAUCCUCAAGCUACACUCAUCCAACACCAAUACGACAUUGAGCGUAUCUCGAUGCGGUUGGCCCACAUGGGCGUCCUACACUGGCGUGUUUGGGCACCGAUUCUAUACGUACGCGAUAGCGUAACACCAAGUGAUAUGGGAAACGAUCCAACGCCAUCGAAUAUUCAUUUAUAA